CGAUUGAUUGCCGUGAAGGCUUUCAAUUGCAUUGACGUCAACAGACACAUGCUUCAAAAAUUGGAAAGAGACAAUCGCAUUCAGGUCAUGAAGGAACGGCAAGCCAUCCAGACACACGUGCACACACACAAACACACACGCACCCACGCAGAAGAUGCACACGGCUUGGUCAAUUGCUGCGGGACGUCGACUGCAUGCGCCGGAAGAACGCCUCAAGCGGUGAAGGUAGGGCCGUCGCCAUGGUCGCCUGCACCGCACGGCAUGGCCGCCACACCAAACACAGGGAGAGACACAAUGCAAUAUGCGCGUGUCUCUGUGAUUGGUACGUGUCCCAUCCUUGCCUGUGUGGUGUCUUGUCCGAUGGUGAGCGUCAGGCUCUUCUGGAUCCACUCGGGCAGCUGCUGCUGAGUGGCACCCACACCAUAGCUGCAUGGACGGACCACACACAGAGGGCAGACAAUGCACGUAUGGCUCUCUUUGCCGGCGAGUGUGUGUGUUGCGACCGUGAGUCGAUGAGUAGGAUGGCGCCGUAGUCGCUGCGCGAUCGGAUGGCACGGCCGACACACUGAUGCAUUCACGACACAGACAAGGGGAGGGUGACGGUGGCUGGGUUCGCGCCCGUCUUCCCUCCCUCCCUCCCUCCCUGGCUGCGUGCCUGGUUGACGGCCUUCAUGCAGAGACACUGAUAGUACUCCCGCCCUGCAGGAUAUGAACGGAUGGAUGGAUGGUACACCACGCAUGCAAUCGUCCACCCACCUCCAGUCUGUACCUGUGAUCCGCUGCUGUGCGUCGCCCUCCCCCUCCCGCCUGGCCCGCGACGCAGCCGUGUCGAGGAAGUUCAUCUUCUGCCGGAUCUUCAGAUCCUGAAGGAAGGCGGAAUGGAGAGACGCAGAAAUGUAUGUGUGUGUGUGUGUAUGUGAUCCGUCAUGCCUUUCUGGGGUAUGGGCAUCCGACGACACAGACACCUCUGGCCAGGUCGUCCUUGAAGUUCAUGCCCUGCACACAGCCAGCCAGCGGGCAAACACAGAUGGGUGUGGUUGCUGGGUGGGGGUGACCUCGCUGAGCUUGCCGCCGACUACACUGAACAGCAGCGCCCCUCUGCGAGCACGACCGUCGGUCCCCAACACGUACUGCCUGCAUCAUCCAUCCAUCCAUCACCACACACACUCCCUCCACCCUCACAUGUCUCCUCCCUCCGUCCCCUUCAACGUCACCUGAAGUCCCGAAACAGCGGCAGCUCAUCCCCAUCGCUGCCCGCCUUGCCACCACCAGCCCCACCCCUUGCACCCGCCCUCUGCUCCACAAACACCCGCUUGUGUUUGGCGAUCUCGCUGCUCACGGCGGGGUGGCUCUUGAUGUACGUGUCCAGAUGUGCGAGGAAGUCGAAUGACGGCACAAAGACGACCAGGCCGGCGGGGACGGCGGCGCAGAGGCUGGCGAUGAAUGCGGUGAGGUUGCGGAGGGUGGCGUCUUGGGAGCGGCUGGCGUAGUCGAACUUCCACGGAUGGCCGUCGGGACCUGCAGUAGAAUACGGUGGAUGCAUCGGGCGUGUGUGGAUGGUGUGGGGUGUUGUGUACCGUUGGUCACGGUGGAGACGAAGACCUGCGAUGGCGGUACGACGUGUGUGCCGCUGAAGUGGACGAUCUUCUCCGCCGGCAGCGAAGAUGACAGGGGGGCAAACUCUGACCGCACGCACAGACCAUGGGUGCAGGUGGCUGUGUGUCUGUCGACUUUUACCUCGUCUGGGCUCCAUGGUGCCGCCCGCCAGCAGCACCGCUCUCGCGUCCUUGACGAUGUCGUGGAACCGCUCCUCCGCGUUGAGAUUCAUGAUCUCCAGCCGGCCCUCGACACCACUACCACUACCACCAGGCCACACCAGAAUACGCUCUGCAACACACACCCAACACACGGAUAAGAACCGUCUUCUUUCCUUCUCUCUGCCUGUGUUUGAGUGGAUUACCGUCAGAUGUGCCGGCCAGGAGGCCUGAGAGGAACUCCACCAGCGUGUGUAGAGAUGAUGACGCGUACUGCGCGUUGGGGCCGCCCGCCUGGCGGGCCAGCUUGCGACGACGGCACUCACUGAACCCCCGCAGCUGCACGCAUUCAUCCACCAACACAAGAAAGGCAUUCGCGUGUGCAGUUUGAAUGGGUGCUGGUUGUGUUGUGUGUAGGUGUGUGCCUUUCGGAGGAACAGGGGGUCGCGGAUCCAGUCUCGCAGGUCGUUCAGUGGGAAAUGCUCCAGCUGCGCAUCUGUAGGUAUCAAUGGAUAGCAUUGGGUUGUUUCUUUCUUUCUCCCUCCAUCACUCCCUCCCUCCCUCUGUCCACACCCACCUUGCAGGAACCUUGCGAUGGUGUGCGAGCGUCCCUCUGUGUGGUUGUCGGUCUCUGUCUGAAUGAGGGUGUGGAGGUGGUCGCACAUCUUGAUGAAUAUCUUGAGGUUGGCGCUGUUGUUGCCCUUGAGCCACUUCUCGUACUGAACCAAAUACGCCUCCCUGACAGACGCACACACACACGCACACACACAGAGGAAAUGGGUUGUGUGUGUGUGUGGAGGGGUGGAGAGGGGAUGGUCUGCGUACAGGUCUUGUCGGCAUCCUGCGAGUUGCGAUUGCGUGAUUGUGCAGCUGUGUGAAGAGUUGAUGGCCUCGAUCAGGUUGUGCGCCUCGUCGAAAACUAUCACACUGCCCUUGAUACGGAUGCCUGCACCCACACCCACACCCACACCCACACCCACACCCAUACCCACACCCACACUCUCUGUUGUGUUUGCUGUGGAACGGUCAUUCUCUCCCUCCCCUGAACACACCUAGCGCUUCUCGCGUGUCUCUUGAUAGGAUGCAGUUAUACGGCAGCAGCAAAACCUGCGUCAACAUGCACACACACAUACACUGAUUGCACCACUGGUGAGGGUAUGCGGCCACAGAUAGGACGUACAUCUGCGUCGGGUGCGGCUUCUCGUGUGCCGAAGUAUGGGCAGGAGCAGACGGACUCUUUCGAACCCCAACGCUUCAGAUCUUCUAUGUCUAACACCUCACUCUACACACACAUCAACACGCACGCAUCGUUUUUCGUCUGUGUCUCCGUGUGUGUGCUUUGUUGUGUGUACGAGCGCGAGGUCAGCGGUGCGGGAGGAGCUCUUCUUGUACUGACACUUGCCUGGGCGCAUUGCAGUCAUUCGGGCCACGUGGUCAAUGCAUUGUGGCAGUUUCUGCCUGUGCUGUGCAAUGUACCUUCAUCUACUUUUGUCCGACACAGGUCUGUCAGGUGGCUUGCACUGUGGGCGGCGCUGCGCACCUCCUGACGCACAAACACUCACACACAGAUCACACAGAUGUAUGUCACACUUUCGUCUCAUCUUCUGCCAUGUGUGGUUGUCCGGGCCUUGCCUGGUUGAUGCAGAGCUGCUGGCGGGACGCGAGCGGCACAACAACGACCUUGGCAGCGUGGGAUGUGCGCAGAAUCUGUUCAUAUUGAGCGGAACCAUGCACCAUCCCUCCCUCCCUCCCACCUCCCACAUCCACCGACCUCCUCUUUGUACUGCUUGAGCUGCUCGUGGGUGCGGCUACAGAUGAGGAUCUGACCACACACAGACAGACAGACAGACAGACGGGGAGGGAGGGAGGGUGAGGGGAGAAGGGGGGUGUGUGUGUAUGUCUGUGUGCCUGUCUGUCUGUUUGUGUCUUGCCUACCUGCGGUUUGGUGAACCGGGAGGUCUCAGCCCUGAGGUGCUCCUCCUCACCAGAUGUGCUACAUACUGACACUCACACACAGAAGCAUGCACAGGGAGAAUGCCACCGCCGCCCCAACCCACUCGAGUUGAGCAGGAACUCCAGAUCAAUGGCAGCAGGCCUCGCGGACACAGACGCAGACGCACUCCCACCACCGCCAGCAGCAGCAGCAGCAGCCGGCUGCAAGCAUGUCCCACAAUGAGAACUUGUCAGCUCAUCCACCUCACCUCAUCCCACCUACAUGUACCUACCUCCUGUGUGACCUUCUGUUUCUUGGCAGCCGGGCCAGGCAGUCCGACAGGGAACAUGGUCUGCUUGCUCUGCGUCUUGAUGAUGGCUGCACGGGUCUUGCGCUGCUGCAGCCGCUCCAGCCUCUCAUUGACCCACGCCUGCAGCUCCUCCUGCUCUCGAGUCGCCUUGCUCUGCGUCAGCCACAGUGGCAGCGGGGCACCUGCAUUGCAUCCAUCGUCCACGGUGACCCAUGGAGAACAGACAUCAGAGAUUGACGGGCAGUGUGUGCCCUCUGUCCUUUCCCCACCCACUUUUGGCUGGUUGAGCGGCGUUGGCUUCGGCUGCGGUGCUGGGUUCCCUGACCAACUGCUGCUUCAGCACCGACAUCUCGUUGUCACGCAGCCUGCACCACACGGAAACCGGAACACACCACCAUCCAUCCAUCCAUCCAUCCAUCCAUCCAGCCAUUUUCCUCUGUAUCACCACUGCAGCGCCGUGCAGACUAUCAUGAGGGUCUUCCCCGUGCCUGUGGGGCUCUGGAACACGCCGAACCCGCCCUCCUGCAACAGCUGGUACGCCUUGACCAUGAACUUGAUCUGUGUCGGAUACGGCGUGAAGGGGAACUCGAUCUUGACCACAUCCGACUCGCCACUGGCCGCCAUCUCUUGGACACCAACGUC